AUGCUACCAGUGACUGGUAUUUAUGUUUCAGAAGUUGUUGAAUAUGCCUUCCUUGUAAUAUUUACAUUAGAAGCAGUCUUGAAAAUUAUUGCAUAUGGAUUUCUAUUACACAGUGGUGCAUACCUUAGAAAUGCAUGGAAUAUAUUAGAUUUUAUAAUUGUUGUUAUAGGCGUUAUUAGUUCUUUUUUAGAAAUUUUUGAGUUGGACCAGGCAGGCUUUGAUGUGAAGGCCCUGAGGGCAUUUCGUGUCCUCAGGCCUCUCAGACUUAUAACUGGAGUCCCGAGUUUACAAGUAGUGCUGAAUUCCAUUUUGCGGGCGAUGGUGCCUCUCUUACAUAUCGGCCUUUUAGUUAUCUUUGUGAUUAUCAUCUACGCAAUUAUUGGCUUAGAACUUUUCUCAGGGAAAAUGCAUAAAACCUGCUUUGAUCUUAAAACAGGAAAAUAUUCGCUAGAAGAUCCUCAUCCAUGUGGCCCUGGUUACCCUUGCGACCUGAAUACAAGUGUUUGUAGGGGACCUUGGGAUGGCCCAAAUAAUGGAAUAACAAAUUUUGACAAUUUUGGCCUAGCUGUGUUAACAGUUUUCCAGUGUAUAACAAUGGAAGGCUGGACAAAUGUAUUAUAUGAUAUAAAUGAUGCAAUAGGCAAUGCUUGGCCUUGGAUCUACUUUGUUAGUCUUAUCAUAGUGGGCUCAUUUUUUGUACUUAAUCUUGUUUUGGGUGUACUUAGUGGAGAAUUUUCUAAAGAAAGGGAAAAGGCAAAAGCCAGAGGGGACUUCCAAAAACUUAGAGAAAAACAACAAAUAGAAGAAGAUCUUAGAGGCUACUUAGACUGGAUAACACAAGCAGAAGAUCUAGACCCAGACAACGAUAGCGAACCCGAAGCAGUUCCUAAACCGGUUAGUGAGACCGAUUCUUCAGAUAAAACAGAAGAUCUAGGUAGUGGUGAAAUAACACAACUGUCUUGGUAUGAAAGAAAAAGAAAACAGAUGCGACGAAUGAAUCGGCGCUGCAGAAGAGUUUGUCGACAAGCUGUCAAAUCACAGGCUUUUUACUGGAUAGUUAUCGUAAUGGUUUUUCUAAACACCUGUACACUAGCAUCUGAGCAUUACGAUCAGCCAACGUGGUUGGAUAAUUUUCAAAAUUAUGCCAACCUUUGUUUUGUUGUAAUUUUUACCAUAGAAAUGUUAUUAAAAAUGUACAGUUUAGGACUGAAUGGAUACUUUGUAUCACUUUUCAACCGAUUUGACUGCUUUGUAGUGUGUAGUAGCCUUCUUGAGAUGGUGCUGAUCUAUGCAGAGCUUAUACCACCUAUUGGUAUCAGUGUUUUACGUUGUGUACGCCUUUUAAGAGUUUUCAAAGCAACAAGGGCCAACAACUUUUUAAAGCAGUGCCAACAACUUUUAAAGCAGGGCCAACAGCUUUUAAAGCAGGACCAACAGCUUUUAAAGCAGGGCCAACAACUUUUUAAAGCAGUGCCAACAACUUUUAAAGCAGGGCCAACAGCUUUUAAAGCAGGACCAACAGCUUUUAAAGCAGGGCCAACAACUUUUCAAAGCAGGGUUUUAAAUUAUUUUGAUUACGCCUUUACUGCUAUCUUCACCAUGGAAAUUAUGUUAAAGGUCAUAUCAUAUGGUUUGAUAUUUCAUAAGGGUUCUUUUUGUCGGAAUACUUUCAAUCUUCUAGAUCUACUUGUUGUUUCAGUAUCAAUCAUCUCAUAUCCACUUUCACAAAAGAAUUACAAGGGCAUUUCUGCUGUCAAAAUUCUAAGGGUGCUACGUGUACUGAGACCACUCAGAGCUAUAAAUAGGGCAAAGGGGUUAAAGCAUGUAGUACAGUGUGUAUUUGUAGCGAUCAAAACCAUCGGCAAUAUUAUGUUGGUUACAUUCUUACUCCAGUUCAUGUUUGCGUGCGUUGGUGUCCAGUUAUUUCAGGGGAUGUUUUUUAGGUGCACUGAUGGGUCAAAAAUGACACGUGAAGAAUGUCAGGGUGAAUAUAUCGUGUAUACUGAUGGUGACAUGGAUUAUCCCAUAUCAAAACCAAGAGAGUGGCUCGUCAACGAGUUUAAUUUUGAUAAUGUAGGUCAGGCUAUAUUGGCCCUCUUUACAGUGGCUACUUUUGAAGGUUGGCCAAAAUUACUUUAUGUAGCAAUUGACUCCAAUGAAGUUGACAAGGGUCCGAUUUACAACUUCCGUCCCGCCGUUGCCAUUUACUUCUUUGUAUACAUUAUUGUAAUUGCAUUUUUUAUGGUCAACAUCUUUGUUGGUUUUGUUAUUGUGACAUUUCAAAGUGAAGGAGAACAGGAAUACAAAAACUGUGAAUUGGAUAAAAACCAGAGGCAAUGUGUUGAAUUUGCUUUAAAAGCAAAGCCUGUACGGAAAUACAUCCCCAAGAAUCCAACGCAGUAUAAAGUAUGGAAAAUUGUAACAUCAAGAUACUUUGAAUAUUUUAUAUUCAUACUUAUCAUGAUCAAUACGAUCAUAUUGGCCAUGAAGUAUCAUGGUCAGUCAGAAUCUUAUGAAGAUGGACUGGAUUAUGUCAACAUUGUCUUCACAGCUUUCUUCAUUAUAGAGUUUAUGCUCAAAGUAGUUGCCUUCAAACCCAGACACUACUUCAGUGACUCUUGGAAUGUAUUUGAUUUUGUCAUUGUGCUCGGCAGUAUUAUUGACAUUAUUUUGCAAUACAUUACUGGGUCUUCCAAUUCAGAUUUUCCAAGCAUUAAUUUCUUUCGACUUUUUCGUGUUCUGAGGCUUGUUAAACUUCUGAGUCGAGGAGAGGGUAUUCGAACACUUCUCUGGACAUUCAUCAAGUCAUUUCAGGCUUUGCCUUAUGUAGCAUUGCUUAUAGUAAUGCUCUUCUUUAUCUAUGCUGUUAUUGGUAUGCAGAUGUUUGGUAAAAUUGCCAUUAGUAAUGAUGAUUCUGCCAUCAAUAGAAACAACAACUUCCAAACAUUUCCAGCGGCUCUCUUAGUAUUAUUUAGAUCAGCCACAGGAGAGGCAUGGCAAGAGAUCAUGUUAGCGUGUGCUAAUAGUCCAACAGCACUAUGUGAUGAAAGAUCUGAUUCAGUUGGCACAUGUGGUACAGCAGUCUCCUAUCCCUAUUUCAUCUCCUUCUAUAUACUUUGUUCCUUUCUUGUCAUUAAUUUAUUUGUUGCUGUCAUCAUGGAUAAUUUUGACUACCUAACUAGAGAUUGGUCAAUAUUAGGUCCCCACCAUCUGGAUGAGUUUGUCAGAGUCUGGUCUGAAUAUGACCCUGAUGCUACUGGUCGAAUAAAGCACCUUGAUGUUGUCACCUUGCUGAGACGUAUUUCUCCUCCACUUGGAUUUGGUAAACUCUGCCCUCACAGAGUGGCUUGUAAGAGGUUGGUAACAAUGAAUAUGCCUUUAAAUAGUGAUGGGACUGUCAUGUUCAAUGCCACACUAUUUGCACUUGUCAGAACAUCUUUGAAAAUUAAAACUGAAGGCAAUAUUGAUCAAGCUAAUGAGGAGUUGAGAGGAGUUAUCAAGAAGAUUUGGAAAAGAACCAACAACAAAUUGUUGGAUCAAGUGGUUCCUCCAGCAGGAUCCGAUGAUGAAGUGACUGUCGGUAAAUUCUAUGCAACCUUCUUAAUUCAAGAUUACUUUAGAAGAUUUAAAAAGCGCAAACAGGAGCAACAAAAACAGCAUGGCCACGAUGGUGGCAUGGUAGCUAACUUACAGGCUGGGUUACGCACCUUACAUGACAUCGGACCAGAGAUACGGCGUGCUAUUUCUGGGAAUUUAGAUGAGGAAGAACAAGCUGGAGAGGAAGUCACUGAAAAACAAGAACCUGAGGAACCCUCACAUAGGAGGAGUCAUAGUCUGUUUGGUACAGUUAUCAGUGCCUAUCACAACUCAAGACGCCAGUCAGUACCAACACCUCAACUCCCACAUAAUAAAUCAAAUGCGCUUUCCCCAACCAACUCUCAACCAAAACUCUCACCUUCAAACUCUCUGAAGAGAUCACCGCAGAAUCCAAGCAGAAGCAACCAUCGUCCACCACCUUCACCAAAUAUAACUUCUAAUUCUCUACAUGCUUCACCACCGAAUUCACUUAAUGUCUCGCCAAUCAAUUCCCUCAAACCAUUACCAUCCCCAGUGCCUGAUACAACACCAAACAACAGCAGAAGACCCAGUAAAGUCAGGGAACACUUGAUACAUGAGCCUCCAGAGGUGAGGACCGACAUUAUUCCCUCCCCUCCUGAUCCAGAAAUUACUCCUUUAGCAUCCCCCCUUCCGUCACCCUCACAUUCCAGAACCCUUACUCCAAGACAUACGCCUAUGCACACGCCUAGAAUAUCGCCUAGACAUUCACCUCUCCCUAGUACCAUGCCAAUGCCAAUUGGGUCUCAUUCCUCUUUGUCCCCUUAUCAUCGUCAAUAUCAGCCCCAUCAUCAGCCCUAUCAUCGACAACACCCUGUACACCAUCAACAUCAUCCCCGCCCUCAACAUCAACCCCGCCCUCAACAUCAACCCCGCCCUCAACAUCAACCCCGCCACAGGCACCAUCAUGUUGAAAGCCCCCAGGAUGAGUACUUUCCGCCAAUGCAUGGGAGUAUAUCUGAUGACCCACGCAGGUUUCAUCCUGCAUAUUCUAGUGGCAGGUUGACACCUCCUUCUACAAGGAGCCGAUCCUCAUCGUCACUGUUGCCAUGUGUGCGAACGAGAGAGGAAAAGCCAUACCAGAAGACAGCUCUUCCACUAAAAUUGGCGCAGGCACAGGCCUAUUUAUUUUGA